AUGGUGAGAUAUGUCAUUAUGAAACGUAUUACACAAAUUCUCGCUUCUGUUUUGUUCGUUAUUACUGUCCUUACUAUCUAUAUUGCGUUCGACUUUGCGAAUCAUGAUCAUAUCCAUGAACAUAAUGAUAUUAAAAUAACUAAACGACGUUCUGUGUCACCUCAAUUACGAAGAUCCAAUCGAACGAUAAAGCAUGCGGACGAACAGGAUCAUCAAUUAAUGCCCAAUGAAAAUCGUACACAGAAAUCGAAACAACGACAAAAAGUACCAUUAAAUGCAAAACCUGGAGCUUUUCACAAAGGCAAAACAGGUGUCAAGGUAAAUAAACCACGAAAACUGACGAAAGAUCAACGAAAGCGUUCGACAACAACGACACUGUCAUCGAGAAUCAAAGUCAAAGGCCAUCUGAAUGAUAAACAGCAUGUUUAG